AUGUCGAGAUCUGCUCCUGUCAAAAGUUGGAUAAAUUUUGAGGACAUUCCUGAGAAGCGGAGGCCACCGAAGAGGAUACAGACUAUACCGACUGCAGUCAACAUUCCUUCUCAGCAUAGAUCGGCAGCAACGUCGCCUCCGAAUGUGUCGGGUACAAAUCAGUGUUCAGCAGGUCAUGGAGCAGGAGGAUCGUUGACACCUCAAGGAUCUUCUUCAAUGGUACGCAGUUAUGUUGAUCCUGAAGAUUGUCGUUGUGAAUGCCAUGAUAGUACCAGGCAUGCUGGCCCAUCACAUGCAGCAGACCGCUCGCCAUCAGCAGCUGCCGAUGAAGAAGAUAGGAAGCCUCUUCUCCAGUUAGACUCGGGUGCAAUCAGCGAUUCCUCGCCAGAAUUGAGUUCGUCUCACGAUCGUCCUCUGGUCGUUUUACCAGGACUUCACCAGCACCAUUCGCCUUCAGAGUACAGCACCCAGCAUUUGACUCCUUCAGGGCAGAGGUCACUUAGUGGGCCCUUUGCAAUGGAUUUAGAUUUGGGGACACCUAGUAAUAGAUCCAGCAUCGUUUCACAGGUAAGGGAUGAAUUAGACUCUUGA